AAACACUGUUGUGAGCAGUGGUAUAUAUAUGGCCAGAAAGCUAUGAGAUACAUGUCAUUUCUUCAGAGAGAUACAAGUACGUGUAUAUGAAAAAACGAAGUACAACAUAUCAAGAAUGGAGACACUUUUCUUGAUUAUCGCACUUCAUGUGUCAGGAUUCACAGUUCUGGCACUACCUCAAGCUAAAAAUUUGGCAUUGUAUGGAAGAGCCACACAAUCAGACCUAUAUGAAAGCCCAUGGUCAGGGCACAGUGAUGCCCACAAUGCCAUCGAUGGUAAUCGUGACCCAAAUUUUCUUCAUGGAUCCUGCACCUUAACUGAUAAAGAAACAAAUCCCUGGUGGAGGGUUGAUCUUUUGAGCCCGUACAUAAUCACCUCUGUUGUCAUCACCAAUAGAGAAGACUGCUGCCCUGAGUACCUCAAUGGAGCUGAGAUUCGUAUCGGCAACUCCCUGGUGAAAAAUGGCAAUAGCAAUCCACUGUAUAAUGCUGUAAACCCUUGCCCCAUAUACAACAUGUUGCAAAAGUCCACUGAACAAAAUAAGGGGAUAUCCUCCAUCCCAGCUGGCAGAUCACUCAGCUUCACAUUGGAUAAUGGGAUACAGGGACGCUAUCUUAAUGUUUUUCUGCCUGGAGACGACAAGCUUUUGACACUUUGUGAGGUUGAGGUGUAUGGAUAUCCACCUCCAAAUGAGAAUGUGGCUUUAAAAGGGAAAGCAACGCAGUCAGACCUUUAUGGAAAGGGCUUUGCGAACAAUGCCAUCGAUGGGAAUCGUGAUGGCCUUUAUCAUCAUGGUUCCUGUACUCACACAGAAGCUCAUCUCAACCCUUGGUGGAGGGUGGAUUUGCUUCAAAGUCAUCUCAACCCCAACACUGUUGAUGUUCCCAGUAGACUGAAUGGGGCUGAAAUACGAAUAGGAAAUUCUUUGGAGCAGAAUAGUAUCAGCAACCCCAGAUGUGCAGUGAUCUCCUCUAUUCCUGCUGGGUUCUCUGAGACCUUUCAGUGUUAUGGGAUGGAGGGACGCUAUGUUACCGUGGUGAUUCCUGGACGUGUAGAGUAUCUAACACUCUGUGAAGUGGAGGUAUACGGAUCACCACUGGAUUAAAGUCUAUUGAAUCAACACACUGGAUGGAAAACCUCUCAGCAUUCUCAAUCUCAAAACACAACUAAUGUACUGUUGUGGACAAUAAUACCUUUUUUGCUAUGGUAUCACUUUAGGUUAGGCUGGUAUACAUUUGUCAGGAUAUUAUGUGAAUGGUACAGCAAUUUGAACAACCAAUUUUUACAUUGAAUUCUGCAGCUAAAUAAUGACUAUUUCUGUAUUUUUCAUUUUGAUCUCUGUUAUCUGCCAUUGUAUUAGAACUUUUGGUAACACGUUACGGUAAGGGUACAUGAA